GUGUUCAUGUACAAGUACUUAUACAUGAAAUUGUACAAGAUCAUGUACAUUUUCUUGUACAAGAUGUUGCACCAGAUCUUGUACAAGAUCUCACACAUGAACUUGUUCCAAAUUCGUAUGCAUUUUCCUGUACAGGAACUGGUCAGAACUUGUACAAGUUCAGUUGCUGAUCCUGUACAGGAAAUUGUACAAGAUCUUAUACAGGGAUUUUCAGUAGGGGAAAAAGGACGUUUAAAAACAAAACCAAUCUCAUAGUUGAUAUUCAUUUCUUACAUAAAUUUUUGUCAAAAAUAAAAUUUUAAUUUUGGUUUUACAUGUAGUAACAAUACUUUUUUUUAAUACAGCUGCCAGAUUAAAAAAGGGCACAUAACUGAUUUGAAUUACAUUAAUUAUGUGCCUUUCUUUGAUUCGGCAGCUCAAUUCUUUCUGAUCCAAGAUUUAAAUUCAUAUCUCCCGCUCAAACUCUACUUUAUCGACAUGGUGAAUCCUCGACAUGCACCUCCGAUCUUUCACAUAAAAUCAUGGAGUAGUAUAAGGAGACCCGACGGCCAUGAGAAUUUGACAAGCAUCGUGGACUGAUUUUCGGUUUUCUAAUUCACAGCGUUUGUCAAAAAUGCUCAGCUAGCGCUCCUCGCGGAAAAAAUAAGUACUGCGUAUAUUCAAAAUUUUAUAACCAAAUUUGUUUUAUUUUACAAUGUCAUCAUGGCAGUGUCUCUGUGCAUAUAUUAAUUUUUUUGUGAAAUAGUUAUUUGUCAAAAAUUUGUUUUGUGUAAGUGUUAAAAUGCCUCCAAGUUUGUGUUGUCGAGAAUUGUUUAAUGUCUGUGUUGUUGAAGGCGGGAAAGAAAAUUUCUCUUUUCAAAGCAAAGGUUUUUUUUUUUUUUUCAAAUUAAAAAAUUGUCAUGAAAUUAGUACAUGACAAUAUUAUUUAUAGAUAAAAUAUUUAAUUAAUGUGUUAGGAAAAUGCGAUAGAAGCCUGGCAAAAAGUGGUGCCGACAAAAGCCGAUAAAGUUUUGACCAGGACUCAUAAUAUUUGUGAGCUUCAUUUUCAUGCAAAUGACAUUGAAAGAAGUUACAAAACAAUAAUAAACGGUCAAGUUCACGAAAUACCGAGAGGUAAAGCAACUUUAAAGGAAGGAGUUGUGCCUUCAAUUUUUCCAUACAAUCCAAACGAAUUAAUUGUUUAUUCGGAGAUUUUUAAAAAAAGGCAGGUGAUUAAGCUACCUUCUAAAAGAUGGUCGAUAGUUCGCACACCCGAAUUCAUUGUAUGGAUGAAUUGGAUAAAUGACAAUGCUCAUUCUGAUAGACGAAUUAUAUUGUACCCAGACAUGACAAUAAAGGUAUGUAAUCGCUUAAUAUUUUUUGUCAAAAAUGAGAAGCCUUUUAUCCUGAAUAUUUUUAAUACAAAAAAUUCUCUUCAUGUUAAUAAUAGAAAUUAUGGGGCUUCCGUUUCCGGUUACGGUUUAAUACGGACGUUUCUGUGUUUCUUGGUCUUUUGACAAAGUUUUUUCCGGUAUUUUUUGAGGGCAGGGUAGUAUAAAUCGGUGAAUUGUGUAGUGAGUGGUUUUGUGUGUAUGAGAGUGAUAAAAAAGUCGUGUGAAGUGUAAUAGUGUGGCUGUAAAAAGUGAGUAAAGGUGUGUGAGGUUUUGGAAGGUUAGGUUGGGAGCGUGGAGAGUGAGAGAGUGAGUGACAGAGGUAGAGAGAGUAAGGAGUCUAGAGUGAAGGCGGGUUCUCAUGGCGCUAGUAGAGAGGUCGCCGAUAAAAGGCGCUAGACGGCAGGAGAAUGCUGGUGACAGAGGGCACGAGAAUACUGGUAGUCAGGGGGAAAUAAGUCAGUGGGAGAAGUGGGAGGAAGGGACGGAGACAGGUAGCGUGCGAAGUGAGACGGAACAUCCAGGGACGGACAGUGAAAAAGAAGAGGAGGUUUUUAGUACCCCUAAGGUUUUGAGAAAGUUGUCAACGUCUUCAUUGCCGGACUACGCGUUAUUUAGUGCUAGGAAAAGAGGCAGACCGAAGGGAUUGGCAAGUUUUGCUAAGAUAACAAGGAAAGAUGUAGGGCUGUGGCAAAAGCAGGUGAGGGAUAGAAGGAAGGCUAGGGGGGAAAAUGAUCAGGACGAGGAGGGUAAUGAGGGGGAGAAUAACGAGAGAGAGGAAGAGUUGAAAGAUUAUAGUGAUGUAAUGGCAGGAAUGGGGGAGAUGGCGAGAGCAGUGAUGAAAAUGAGUGAGGAGACUAAUAAGAAAAUAGAAGAUUUGGGGAAGGAAAUUAAAGUGGCAAGGGAAGAAAGCGAAAGGAAAGAGGAGAAGAGGGAUGAAAAAAUGGAUAUGAUUAGAGGAGAGGUGAGGGAGAUAAGAGAUAUGUGGGCAAAUUGGGAAGAAAGAUGGAGAGGAGAGAAAGAAGAUUUAAUGGAAAAAGUAGUGAUGGUUGAAAUCACACUGGAGAGAGUAGAGAGAAAGAGAAGUGCGGAGAUGUCGAUGCUGGAGAAGAGAGUUGGGCAAUUGGAGAUAAGAGAAGAGGCAACUGGGAGUAGACAGGGGACAGAAGAGGGUCAAACGGGGGAGUUGGAGAGGAAAGUGGCAGACCUGUCCAGAUUAGUAGAGCGGUUGGAAAAGGAAAAAAGGAAAUGUUGGAUUACAAUUAGAGGUCGAGAGAGGAAUGGUUUUAAAGGAGGCGAGAAAGGAAGGUAGGGGUUGGUAUGG